AUGUCAUUGUUCUAUAACGCCCUGAUGUUCAGAAAUGGCAAAUUCCCACUGGUCUAUGUGACGUAUUUAACGCUUGGCGUGACGCUGCCAUUCAUUUUACCUGCCCACAUAACACAAAAGACGAUAAAUAACACGUCGACGCUUGGAGUGAAGGGAAGAAGCAAUCCAAGAUGUUUAUUCGCCCGACUUAUCUGA